AAAACUCUCUGAUUUCUCAGUAAAAUAUUCGCCCUCGACUAAAAUUUCGGCGCACUUCAAACUUCAUAAAAUCAACGCCGAAGCAACUAGCAACUUGCAACGAUUCCCCAUUAUUUCAGAACAGAUUCUACGAGAAAUUAUUGACUUGCUUUUGAAAUAAUUCAAUAUGGCGACCACCUCUUUGGCUGAUCUUAUUUCGGCCCUGCCUGAAGGCGAUGGAUGGGGUCCUCCUCCCGUAACCGAAACCACCCUGAACGGUGUCCCAUAUGCUCCCUUCUCGAAGGGUGAUAAACUAGGUCGCAUGGCAGACUGGACCGCAGAUAGCAAGGAUUCUCGCGAUGGUCGUGGUGGAAGACAGCAAUAUAAUCGCAACUUUAGGGAUCAACAAAUUUAUGGCGCUGGUAGUGCCGCGCUAUUUACCGCACCUGUUGCCGAAGACGAAAACACUUUCUCCGUUGUCAGCCGAGAGCCUACCAAGACACGAUACGGUCGCGGAGCCGUCUUCACACGCGGCCGUGGACAACGAGGCGCCCGCCAAGAUACUCGAGGUGGCCGUUCCCAGCCUCAGCGUCCUGGCCGCGGAGGUCAGCAAGGCUAUGGAUAUGAUAGCCGUGGUGGACGUAAUAACGCGCCUCGUGGUCGCCGUUUUGGAUGGAAAGACUACGACAAGCCGACCCGAAACCGAGAUGCGUCCAUUAACAUCAAGGCCGACUGGCAAUUAUUAGAGGAGAUUGAUUUUAACAGACUCGCCAAGUUGAACCUGGAUGCUGACGAGGGUGAGGAUAUGGAUAGCUACGGAUUCCUAUACUACUAUGACCGAUCUUUCGACAAGCAACCCGUCAAGACAGCCGAGAGGAGACUUGUACCUCUGGACCGUGCCGCCUACAACGUUACCACCUCUUCCGAUCCCGUUAUUCAGGAGCUAGCUGAUAAAGACGAGGCCACUAUCUUCGCCACUGACAGCAUCCUGUCUAUGCUCAUGUGCUCCACCCGCUCGGUUUACCCGUGGGAUAUCGUCAUCGUCAGGCAAGGCAACAAGAUCUUCCUCGACAAGCGCGAUAGUGCUGCGCUCGACAUGGUGACGGUAAACGAGAAUGCUGCAGACGCGCCGUUGGAGUCUUCCGAUGGCAACAAGGAUGGUAUCAACCAGCCUGGUGCCCUUGCGGAAGAGGCUACUUACAUCAACCACAACUUUGCCAACCAGGUUGUUCUAGAGAACGAGUCUAACAAGGUCGAUAUGACUCACGACAACCCAUUCUAUAACGCUUCCGAGGAGACCGAGCCUCCUGCGAGCAAGGCAUACAAGUACCGUAGAUUUGAUCUUUCAACUAGCGAAGAGGAUCCUAUGUACCUAAUCGUCCGAACCGAGCUAGACGCCGUCCAAAAGAACGCUAUUAACGGCGAGGACCAGUUUGUGACCGUCAAGGCCCUGAACGAAUUCGAUAACAAGGCCCAAGGUAGUGGAGGUGCUUUGGAUUGGAGAACUAAGCUGGUCAGCCAGCGUGGUGCGGUCGUCGCGACGGAGAUGAAGAACAACAGCGUCAAGCUUGCCCGAUGGACGGUACAGAGUAUCUUGUCUAAGGCCGAUGUCAUGAAGCUUGGUUUCGUUUCUCGUGCCAACCCGAAGACCAACGACAAGCAUAUCAUCCUAGGAGUCAUUGGCUGGAAGCCUAAGGAUUUCGCCAACCAGAUGAACUUGUCUCUCUCCAACGGUUGGGGUAUCGUCCGCACUAUUGCUGACAUGUGCCUUAAGCGCGAAGACGGCAAGUUUGUACUUGUGAAGGAUCCCAACAAGUCUAUCCUUCGUCUGUACGAAGUUCCCGCCGGUAGCUUCGACGAGGAUGCCGAGGAUGAAUUGAUUCCUGAGACUGUUGCUGAGGAAGAAUAAGUUCAGUCGUUUAAGAAGAGGGGGCUUUAGGGGGCUUGGUCUACAUAGGUAGUACUGGAGUUCACUAGUUGUCCACUUGCGGGCGAACCGGUGAUAUUACCUAGGAGCUAAAAAGCGUUCGCAAUAGAGAACAUCAAUCCUAGCCUUUAAAUUCUUGA